UUCGGCUGGCUCAGGCUCGCAGGGACUCUGAGGACAAGAGUCAGAGGAGCCUCUGGAACUGUUUUUCUCCGCGCCUUUUCUCCGCCUCGGCCGGUCCACUGACAGUCACCCUCUCCGGAGCUGCGUGUGGUGCAGUCGGCUGCGGCCUCUCCUUUUCUGGUUUCCACUGGGGGAUCCUGCGCCGUGUCCUCGGCCCUUCCGCUGUCUCUUAAGUUGUGUGAGAUCUCUUCCCUGACCUUUAGGUAGCACCAGAAUGAGUAUCCACCAUUAGUGUCGCAGCAGGGUAGAGGUAGCGUUCUGGAUCCAGCCCACAACUCGAUCAAGCACAAAGAGCCUCGGGUUUUUUGACGCUGGUCCUGGGAUUCUUUCUGACACCUUUGCUGAAGCAAUUUGCAGGUGCUCUUGGCGUGAAUUAAAGGCCGCCAAACUUAGGUCCUUAGUGCUUGUGGAUAUCUCCACCGUUUCCAAAUGAUCUGCUUUUCAAGUUUGGGGCUCUUGAGGCACUGCCCUUACAUCCCAUGUAGUGUCCGAGAAUUUUGCUCUUUCCCUUUGGAAAUAUGGUCACUCUACAUAUGGCCUUUUGGAAUAACAGUCGUGCUUUACUGGCAAUGGAAUGGCAUCACAGAUACUGAGUGGUAAAAGACUAGGAUUUCUGCUGUCCUACCAGUGAACUUGAGCAAUUUAGCUCAGUGGCCGUACUGGAUGCUUUUAAGUACAUACACAGAGGAGGUACCUUGUAACUAAACCACUGGGGUCCAAAAGUUGCAGAGAGAUCUGAUACAGGAAAAAAAAAAAAGUCUAUAUCUGCGGGUCACAUUUCUGUGUAGGGACAAAUACACAGAAUAUUUGCUUUUUCCCCUUUUUAAUUUUAAUUAACAUAAUUAUACAUAUUUAUGGAGUAUAGUGUGAUAUUUUGAUACACGUAUACAAUAUGAAAGGAUUAAGUCUGGGUAAUUUAGUAUAUUCAUCACCUCAAAGGCUGUUUGAUUUUAUAUGCCAGUUAAUGUAAUAUGUAGACAUUCUGUACAUGCUGAUGUGAAGUUUUAGCAGUUUACCUUAGAACCUCAAAUUUCUCACUAAGCUAAUUCCUAGAUAGUCAUGAUAAUAAGCCUGAUUAUUUUGACUUUGAUAAGUUUGCAUGCUAUAAACUUAAUCAUUUGUUCUAACAUCAUCCCACACUAUUUGUGUCAGUUUAUUACAAAUUCUUGAUGUCUAGGUUACAAAACCUUAAUCAUCUUAGAUUUCCAUUGUGCUUCAUCUCCACAUUUCUUAAUGUGACAGGAUCUCAUAGUUUCUUUAUUUAAAAGUUAACUUACAUUGCUGAAGCUAUAGGCUAUUCAGUGGGAUUUUAUUACCUGGUAACUCAUCCUCCUGAAUAAUCAAAUAUCAGUUCUGAAAUACGGCUAUUGUUGUAUUACUCUUCAUGAACCUAUAAAGGCUUAGGUGCAAAUUUCAGUGCUUAGGUUUCAAGGAUCUUUCUUUCUAAUCUGACCUAAUGAUUCCUAUGCGAUUGAUGUUGUGGAAAAAGUCUUGAAUUUAUAGAAGGCCUGGAUUCAGAUACUGAGAUUGUCACACUAACCCUGUAUUCUUGGGGAAACUUUGAGCUUUAGUUUCCAUCUCUGUCCUGUUAGAUAAGACUUUUUUUUUUUUUAAGAGACAGAGUCUCACUUUGUUGCCCUCAUUAGAGUGCUGUGGCCUCACAGCUCACAGCAACCUCUGGCUUUUGGGCUUAGCCAAUUCUCUUGCCUCAGCCUCCUGAGUAGGUGGGACUACAGGCGCCCACCACAGCGCCCAGCUAUUUUUUUGUUGCAGUUUGGCCAAGGCUGGGUUCAAACCCACAACCCACUGAUGCCAUACCCGCUGAGCCACAGGCGCUGCCCAGAUUUUUUUUUUUCUUAGCUCUUAAUUAUUUUGAGAAUUACAAUUGACAUAAUAUGUGGAAAAGCUAACAGUUAAAAAACAAACAAACAAACAAACGUAUGCCAGUGCAGUGGCUCACAUCUGUAAUUUUAACCCUCUGGGAAGCCAAGGCAGAUGGAUUGCCUGAGUUCACAGGUUUGAGACCAGCCUAAACCAGAGCAAGACCUGUCUUAAAAAAAAAACAAAACAGCCAGCGCCUGUGGCUCAACGGGGUAAGGCGCCAGCCCCAUAUGCCAGAGGUGGUGGGUUCAAACCCAGCCCCAGCCAAAAACUGAAAAAAAACAAAAAACAAAAAACAAAAACAUAGCCGGACAUUGUGGUGGGCACUUAUAGUCCCAGCUAUGCAGGAAGCUGAGGCAAGAGAAUCACUUAAGCUCAGGAGUUUGAGGUUACUGUGAACUAUGAUGCCAGAGCACUCUACCAAGGGCAACAAAGUGAUACUCUGUCUGAAAAAAAACCAACAAAAAACAAAAAUCUAAGCUAUUACUGUUAUUUCUCAUUAUACUGAUUUCACAAACAUUUGAAAACCUAAUACUUUUCAGAUACUGGUCCUAUAGCUAUGAAAGAGUCUCUGCCCUUAAGGUACUGUUUUUCAGCUUUUUCUGUGUGUGUGUGUGUGUGUGUGUGUGUGUGUGUGUGAGAGAGAGAGAGAGAGAGAGAGAGAUGUGUGUAUUCUUGGUUGUAAUUGUUAUUGUUUGGCGGGCCCAGGCUGGAUUCGAACCCAGCUCAUGUGUAUGUGGUUGGCGCCUUAGCUGCUUGAGCCACAGGCGCCGAGCUGGGAUGUGUGUAUUCUUGGAGUAAGGUGAUAGGGUGUAUGAUAAGGAGGUAGAGUAUAAUAUGGGUUGUAAAAUGGGUAAGUGUAGGGUGAGCAAUAAACCCAAAGGAGAGCAGAGCUGGGUUGGGUUCCUGCAGGAAAUUAUAUUGAAGGAUUUUAAGCAGACAGACUGAUCACAAUUGCUUUUUGUAAAUUCAUUUUGGCUGUGAUAUGUGCUUCCUUGCUGUAGUGAACAGAAACUUUCUGCCUUUGUGUCUUUUUUUUCCUUUACUCCCCACAAAAGGACUUAGGACCUUUUCUCAUACCUUAAUACUCUUUAUCCUUCAGUAUCCAGUUCAGGUCUUAUUUCUUCUAUGUAACAUCCAUCAAUUCUUUUUAGCCCCCCACUACGUCCUUCUCUGAAACCAUAUUGGAAACAGUAUCACACAGUUAAUACUUGUCUUCUGUGUGUUUUAUGUCCCUAAAUGGAUUGCAAGUAUUGGGAAUGUUUCUUAUGUAUGUGAAUGGAAGAUAUGUUAAAUACAAAAAUUCGUUGCUUGAUCUCUUUUUAUUUUGUUUUUCAGGGUAGGAGUAGAUUAUGUGCAACAGUUCUUUUAAGUAAUCUAUCAUCAUCAUGGCUAACGAGGGCUGUCUGAAGGCUUGUGAUAGUCCUUUUUCAUCAGAUAAACAUGCACAACUCAUGUUGGCCCAGAUCAAUAGCAUGAGAAAUGGAUACCAUUUUUGUGAUGUUCAGCUACAAGUUGGGAAGGAAACUUUUCAAGUUCAUCGACUGGUUUUGGCUGCCAGUAGUCCUUACUUUGCAGCUUUGUUCACGGGAGGAAUGAAAGAGUCCUCAAAAGAUGUUGUACAGAUUCUAGGAAUUGAAGCUGGAAUCUUUCAGGUACUUCUAGAUUUCAUUUACACAGGUAUAGUGAACAUAAGUGUGAAUAAUGUCCAGGAGUUGAUUGUUGCAGCAGACAUGCUACAGUUGACUGAAGUUGUUAAUCUUUGUUGUGAAUUUUUGAAAGGCCAAAUUGAUCCACUGAACUGCAUUGGGAUCUUUCAGUUCUCAGAGCAAAUUGCCUGCCAUGAUCUUUUAGAAUUCACAGAAAACUACAUUCAUGUCCAUUUCUUGGAGGUUCAUUGCGGGGAAGAGUUCCUGGCGCUUACAAAAGAACAGUUGAUCAAGAUUUUACGAAGUGAAGAGCUUAGCAUUGAGGAUGAAUACCAGGUUUUCUUAGCUGCGAUGCGAUGGAUUCUGAAAGAUCUGGGAAAGAGAAGAAAAUAUGUGGUAGAAGUGUUAGAUCCAAUUCGAUUCCCUUUAUUACCUUCUCAGAGGCUUUUAAAGUAUAUAGAAGGAGUAUUUGAUUUUAAUCUUCGUGUUGCAUUGCAAACACUUUUGAAAGAGUAUUGUGAAGUGUGCAAAUCUCCCAGAGAGAACAAGUUUUGUAGUUUCCUGCAGCCAUCUAAAGUUCGACCUCGGAAGAAAGCAAGAAAGUACCUAUAUGCAGUAGGUGGAUAUACUCGGUUGCAGGGGGGUCGUUGGAGUGAUAGCAGAGCCCUCAGCUGUGUAGAACGUUUUGACACUUUUAGUCAAUAUUGGACCACUGUGUCUUCACUUCAUCAGGCUCGAUGUGGACUGGGAGUAGCAGUUCUGGGAGGUGAAAAGGAUUCGAUGAUUUUUGACUGUACUGAAUGCUACGAUCCAGUUACUAAACAGUGGACAACUGUAGCUUCAAUGAAUCAUCCCCGCUGUGGCUUAGGAGUGUGUGUGUCUUAUGGGGCUAUCUAUGCUUUGGGUGGAUGGGUUGGAUCUGAGAUAGGAAACACCAUUGAACGAUUUGAUCCUGAUGAAAAUAAAUGGGAAAUAGUUGGCAACAUGGCUGUGUCACGCUAUUACUUUGGGUGCUGUGAAAUACAAGGUUUAAUUUAUGUCAUUGGGGGCAUCAGCAAUGAAGGAGUAGAGCUUCGUUCUUUUGAAGUUUAUGAUCCACUUUCUAAGCGAUGGUCUCCACUUCCUCCCAUGGGAACCAGAAGAGCCUAUCUUGGGGUGGCUGCACUCAAUGACUGCAUCUAUUCUAUUGGAGGGUGGAAUGAGACACAAGAUGCUCUUCAUACUGUAGAAAAAUAUUCCUUUGAAGAGGAAAAGUGGGUUGAAGUUGCCUCAAUGAAAGUGCCAAGAGCAGGCAUGUGUGUUGUGGCAGUCAAUGGUCUUCUGUAUGUUUCUGGAGGUCGAUCUUCCAGCCAUGAUUUCUUGGCCCCAAGUACAUUGGACUCAGUUGAAGUUUAUAACCCUCAUUCAGAUACAUGGACAGAAAUCGGUAACAUGAUAACCAGUCGUUGUGAAGGGGGUGUUGCUGUAUUAUAAAAUAUAAAGAACGAGAGCACAAGGACCAUUUUGAAAAUGUAAGAUCUGACCUUUUACAAAGCAACAUAUUUGGUGAUAGUACCUUCUGAUUCUAUUGUGUUUUCCAUGUGUUUGACAGAUAAAUGACUAAAGAGUAAUUUUUCUAAAAAUUCAGUUUGAGAAGGGAUAUGGAAUAUAUCCUAAAUUUUUUUUUUUUUUUUUUGUGGAGACAGAGUCUCACUGUACCACCCUCGGGUAGAGUGCCGUGGCGUCACACAGCUCACAGCAAUCUCCAACUCCUGGGCUUAGGCGAUUCUCCUGCCUCAGCCUCCCAAGUAGCUGGGACUACAGGCGCCCACCACAACGCCCGGCUAUUUUUUUGUUGCAGUUUGGCCGGGGCUGGGUUUGAACCCGCCAACCUCAGCAUACAGGGCCGGCGCCCUGCUCACUGAGCCACAGGCACCGCCCAAUUUUUUUUUUUUUUUUUUUUUUGAGACAAUCCCACUAUGUUGCCUUCAGUAGGGUGCUGUGGCUUCACAGCUCACAGCAACCUCAGACUCUUGGGCUUAAGCGAGUAAGUAGCUGGGACUACAGGCACCCGCCACAAUGCCUGGCUAUUUUUUUGUUGCAGUUGUCGUCGUUUAGCAGGCCCAGGCUGGGUUUGAAUCCACCAUCCUGGGUGUAUGGCUGGCACUGUAACCCCUGUGCUACGGGCGCUGAGCCAUGAAAUAUAUCCUAAAUUAAUAAAGAGCUCACAUAAGGUGAUCACAUUUAUGAACAGUGGAAAUGCUGCUUAUGCUCUAGAAUUGUGCAGUUUAAGCAUAGAGUCUUUUUUUUUUUUUUGAGAAAGCGUCUCAAGCUGUCACCCUGGGUAGUUUCAUGGCGUCUCAGCUCACAGCAACCUCAAACUCUUGGGCUUAAGGGAUUCUCUUGCCUUAGCCUCCCAAGUAGCUGGGACUACAGGCAUUUGCCACAGUGCCCAGCUAUUUUUUGUUGUUGUGCUGUUGUCGUUAUUUGGUGGGCCUGGGCUAGAUUCGAACCUGCCAGCUCCAGUUUAUGUGGUUGGUGCCCUAGCUGCUUGAGCUACAGGCACCGAACCAGCAUAGAGUCUUAUUUGUAAAAAUUAUUUGCUAAAAGCUUCUUUUUUUUUUUUCUUUUUUAGACAGAGUCUCACUAUGUCACCCUCAGUAGAGUGUCAUGGUGUCACAGCUCACAGCAAUCUCAAACUCUUGAGCUUAAGCAAUUCUCUUGCCUCAGCCUCCCAAGUAGCUAGUACUACAGGCGUCAGGCUAUUUCUUUUUUGUUGCAGUUAUCAUUGUUGUUUUAGCUGGCCUUGUCCAGGUUCAAACCCACCAGCCUCAGUGUAUGUGUCUGGUGCCAUAACCACUGUGCUAUAGGUGUGGAGCCUUGGUAGAAGUUUCUUGAAAAAUAGCCUCUAGGGGCGGCGCCUGUGGCUCAGUCGGUAAGGCGCCGGCCCCAUAUACCGAGGGUGGCAGGUUCAAACCCAGCCCCGGCUGAACUGUAACCAAAAAAAAAAAAAAAAGAAAGAAAAAUAGCCUCUAUUUCAGCAGCUCUCCAGUGCAAGUUGUAACAUGACUUUUAUGUGGUGUAAGAAUAAUAUCAAUGACAUAGUUUAAAGAUCUCUGUACAUUCAUGAUUCAAUCUAGAGUAUACUUCUCUGUGGCCAUAGUUUGACCUACACAGAAAUGCCAAUGAAACAACUUCCUACUUUUAUUUGGUGCCAGGAGUUUGCCUCAGACUUUUUAUUGGCAGCAGAUAUACUAGGAGGCAGUGUAUUGGAAGUAUUUAUAUAGCUAGAUAAUGUUUGCUUGUUGAUAAUACCCUAAGAAAACUUUUGCUUGCAUAUAUAUAUUUUGUUUGUUUGUUUGUUUGUUUAUUUGUUUUUUCAGUUUCUGGCCAGGGCUGGGUUUUGAACCCGCCACCUCCGGCAUAUGGGGCCGGCACCCUACUCCUUUGAGCCAUAGGCCCCACCGUGUUUUUUGUUUUAAUCCUAAGAAUGCAAGUAAGGAAUUAAUAGGAAGUCCUUAGUGAUAGUCCUUGAUUAUAAUAGGAUAUCAUAAUAGGUGAUAGAGCCCAGCAGGCAGCAUGAAUCUGGAAAUUUCUUAUUUUCUUUUUUUUUUU